GGAGGUUUACUUUAGGGUUUAGGGUUUCUCAAAUCACAGCUCUCAUAUUUUUUUGACUUCCCUUUGUGCUACGCUAUUCCAAACUUGAUCAACAAUGGCGGAACAGACCGAGAAGGCGUUUUUGAAGCAACCCAAAGUGUUUUUAAGCUCUAAGAAAUCUGGGAAAGGGAAGAGACCGGGAAAGGGAGGGAAUCGCUUUUGGAAGAGCAUUGGUUUGGGCUUCAAGACUCCUCGUGAAGCUAUUGAAGGAACUUACAUUGAUAAGAAAUGUCCUUUCACCGGCACCGUCUCUAUCAGGGGGCGUAUCUUGGCCGGUACUUGCCACAGUGCCAAGAUGGUGAGGACAAUCAUUGUUCGACGGAACUACCUUCAUUUUAUCAAGAAAUACCAAAGGUACGAGAAGAGACAUUCGAACAUCCCUGCUCAUGUUUCUCCCUGCUUCCGUGUGAAGGAAGGGGACCAUGUCAUUAUCGGACAAUGCAGGCCGCUGUCGAAGACUGUGCGGUUUAACAUCUUGAAAGUGAUUCCUGCUGGAUCUUCCGGUGGCGGGAAGAAAGCUUUCACCGGAAUGUAAGUCAAGUGUUUCUUCUUUCUGUUGUAGUAUGGGGUUAUAGAAAAACUAUGAAGAAGACAUUAAAAAGUGGAUGAAGUGCCUCUAGGUUUGAAUAAUCUUUGGAUUUUAAA